AUGAUCCGACGCACCUUCUCCCGUAUUACUCGCAUGGACUUCCAAAUACUCUAUGGGGCCUACGUCAGACUGCUCCUGGAGUACGCCAACCAAGCUGUCUACUCAGGACGUACGAAAGACGUCACCCUCAGUGAGCGUGUCCAGCUGGCCGCCACGAGAAUGGUUGCCGGCCUCAAAUCCGUGGACUACGAAACGCGUCGCGCGAAGCUUGAUCUGUUUCCCCUGGAGUACCGUCGCCUCCGAGGGGACCUAAUUCUUACUUACGCCCUGUUUGAACAAAACUUGGCAAACAGGUUUUUUACCGUUGACCCAGCAAACCCCCGGCGGGGACAUAGUUUGUUCCUAUCACCAGUUAGCAAUGAGGCACCGCUUGAUGCACGUACACCGGUGGCAAUCGACUGUGAAAUGGUGGGAGUUGGACCAGAAGCGCGGAAUGCUCUCGGACGUGUCAGUGUGGUCAGUUAUACUGGCGCUGUGCUGUAUGAUGUAAUGGUCAGACCAGAGGAGAAAAUUACCGACUUUCGGACUCGGUGGAGCGGUAUCAGGCCAUUCGAUAUGCGUCGGUCUAUCCCUUUCGCUUGUGCGCAAGAACAGGUCGAGCGGAUAAUACGGGAUCGGAUCGUCGUUGGUCACAUGGUCCACAACGAUUUCAAUGUUCUAAAGUUGAAACACCCUUGUUGGCUUAUACGUGAUACGGCUAAGGCUGCUUAUGCGAAGUUGGUGGCUGGAUUUCCCACUGAUAAAGUGGUUGGCCUUCGGGCACUCACUCUGCGUCUCUUCGGCACGGAAAUCCAAAAGGGCGAACAUUGCUCCAUCGAGGACGCGCGUGCCACAAUGGCCAUUUACCGCGUAACCGAGAAAGUUUGGGAAACUGAAUUGCGUCGAACUGCACAACUGAACUGUCAGCCUUGUGGUGAAACAGAUCUAUUGAGUUCUAGUCCCUGUGACUUUGAUGGUGCUCUCUCUUGUGCUACGCCAUCAUGCAAGCGAGCUUCAAAUGGAACAGAAAGUCUUUCCCCAGAUCAUUUACCUAUGAUUGCGAGUAAACGGCUAUGUAAAGAAGGUGCUAUCCUGUCCACUAAAAAAACAGAAAUGUUCAGAUCAUCCAGCUCUUCAUCGCUCCUGGAUGACAGUUUCUGGCCAGAUGACGCUGGUGUGUUGCUACUCAAACGUCCCUUACCGCUUAGUCUCCUGGCCUACCGAGUUGCUUGUCUCUCGGUUCAGUUGAAUGUGGACGCUUUGUCUUCCUGCUCAGAAUGGACCCGAUGGCAGAAUGGCAAUGUACUUUUCUCUAAUUCAGCUGACCUACAUCUCCUUUUAUCCGGAAAUCCGGCGUUGGGUCUGUCAUAUGACGGAACUGAUGCAAACUCUCCACGAUCAGAUCUCCCUCCCCAAUUCAGACGACAUGUGACUCCAAAAAAACAACAUGAAAUCCAAAAGCUUUCAUCGGUUGCCGGAGCGGUCGCCAACUCACGUCCACCGGAAGCGGAAGAAAGAGAGUGUGGUCUACCUCUAUCUGCAACUGUCGUCGACAUUGGUUCCGGACAAGGGCACCUCUCUCGAUAUUUGUCGCUGAAGUACGGCCUAAACGUUGUUAGCCUGGAAGCAGACAGCACCCAUUUAGAAAAGGCCAGUAAAUUCGAUCGACUGUUACUUCUUCAGGAUACAACAGUGGAGAGUUUUCGCACUCCGUCUUGUGAUGAGCCAAUGAAGAUCUUAGGACCGAUAACAUGUGCGAUGCGUAUCAGUUCCGGGUUAAUUGGAGCAGAUAUGAACCAUAUGCUUCAGCGUUUAUUAGAAGUUGACGACAGUCGGUGUCUCAAGUUAGCGAACGCGGUCCGAGCCUUGCAGAUUCGUGCAUUCACCUCAUCUGUCACACUGCAAUCAGAACUAAUACAACUUCCAAGAUACGUAAAACGCCCCACAACUUCCAGUACCUCUCCCUGGAUUCUCUCUUACUCCCAACUCGAGGCCGCGUGCCAUUGUAUUCCAGCCUAUCUGGAACGCUUGGAGCAGGCGAUCAAAACAGGGGACACAUCACAUCUUCGCGUCCAAGGGUAUCGUGCUGUUGUAGAACUGCUUCUUGAAAAGCGCCGGUGUCUUAGGACAAACCACUCAGAUCCGGUACCCGCUGUCCGGGCUAUACGGUGUGCCGUAAAGAACGCAAAUAGUAUGGAUUUCGACACGUAUUCAUCGAUCCUUCUGAACCGGAUGAAGGCUGUGCAACAGUCGGAUGGGGCAACACAUCAAGGUCUUUUUGACCCUUUCCGAUCAGAAGAGUUGAAGGCCGCCCUGCCCAAAAUUUCCUUGGACGAGGCUUGGUACCCAAUUGUACGUUACCACGUAUUACGUUUGAUGCUCACUCCAGCAGUGGAAACGCUUGUUCUUCUGGAUCGUCUGCUGUGGCUUCGAGAAAAAGGUGGGUGUUGA